UAUUUAUUUAGCCCCUAGUCUGGCUGUUGGAGUCCCUGGAUGGUGUAGACGGUUAACACACUUAGCUGCUUACCAAAAGGUUGGAGGUUCAAGACACCUUGGAAGAAAGGCCUGGUGAUCCACUUCCGAAAAAUUAGCCAUUGAAAACCCUAUGGUUUUCUACUCUGACACACAUGGGGUCGCCAUGAGUCGGAAUCGGCUUGAUGGCAAUGGUACUGGUAAUGUGUUAGGCAUUGCCUCGAGAUGCUCCUUAGUUUAGCUGCAGAGAAGGGCAAGCAGAUUGGAAAUUACAGUAAAGUGCAAGAAGUGCUGUAAUUAAGAUAAACGAGGGCACUUGGAAAGUACAGAAUAGGAACAACCAACUCAAAUGGGGGUGGGAGGAUAGAGCUUCCUGAAAGAGGUGACAUCCAAACAGUGUCCCAAAGGCUGCGUAGGGAAAACUAAGGGUGGUCCAAACAAAGGGUCAGUGGAUAUUCUUAUGAAGCAGUGUGCCUGUGCUUGUCUGUGUAACUCAAUGUGAGUGUGUAUGAGUGUGUGUAUGUAUGUGUAUGUAUGUAUGCUGCCAAAUGGUCAAACAUGUGACCCACGAGAGGGGAAGAGGAAGAAAGAGAACGGGAGGGAAAGAAGGAGGAAUAGAGCCAGAAAAUGAGAGAAAGGGAGGGAGAAAAGAAAAAGAGGGGAGUUAUGGAGAAAGGUUGUCUAGAAUUGAAUGGAGCAAUCUGGGUCUCAUUCCUGGAAAACUCAAGGGACGGAUUCUUGGCAAGUUGACUCUUGGCACUUUCCCCACUCCUGGUCCUGUGCUCAGAUAUGAUAUGAGGAAAUGGAGGAGUUUCACCCCUGCCCUUCCUGAACUCACAGUUCUGCUGAGGAGAAGAGAUUAUGCACAGGGAGCAAUACUAAAUAUUGCAAAAGUCAGGGCAGAAAGAGAUCAAAGUGGGCUAAAAUAAAAGUCUUCCUGGAAGAGGUGCAUCUUGAGAGAGCAGUUCUGAGGCAAGGACUCUGCUGAAUGGACGGAGUCCUGCUUAGGUCUUGACUGGGCGUGUUGUGUGGGUCUGCCUCUCGUCUACCUCUCCGUGGCUGACCCUGUAGGUGUAAAUUCCAGAGCUCAGGAUGCUGUUACUGCGAGCUGUUCUGCUGCUACUAGCCCUGCCCAAUAAUGGUGAGAAUCUGGCGACCGAAGGGCCUGGGGUCCUGCUUUCCCCACCCAAGGAGCGCUGUGCAGGUUGGAUGGCAGGCAUCCCAGGGCAUCCUGGCCACAAUGGGACUCCAGGCCGUGAUGGCAGAGAUGGCACCCCUGGGGAGAAGGGUGAGAAAGGAGAUCCAGGUCUUAUUGGCCCUAAGGGUGACACUGGUGAGACUGGAGUGACUGGGGUUGAAGGUCCCCGGGGCUUCCCAGGAACCCCAGGUAGAAAAGGAGAGCCUGGAGAAGCUGCUUAUUCAUACCGCUCAGCAUUCAGCGUGGGAUUGGAAGCCCGGGUCACUGUCCCCAAUGUUCCCAUUCGCUUUACCAAGAUCUUCUACAAUCAGCAAAACCACUAUGAUGGCUCCACUGGCAAAUUCCACUGCAACAUCCCUGGGGUGUAUUUCUUCUCCUACCACAUCACAGUCUACAUGAAGGAUGUGAAGGUCAGCCUCUUCAAGAAGGACAAGGCUGUGCUCUUCACCUAUGACCAGUACCAGGAAAAAAACGUGGACCAGGCCUCUGGCUCUGUGCUACUGCAUCUGGAGGUGGGCGACCAAGUCUGGCUCCAGGUGUUUGCAGAUGGAGAACAGAAUAAUGGGCUCUAUGCUGAUAAUGUCAAUGACUCCACCUUCAUGGGCUUCCUUCUCUACCAUGACACCAACUGAUCACCAUUACCUCAGAGCCUCCACCAGACCAAACAACCCAAAAGUCAAUCAGAGGACAGCUAGCAGGUUUUCAGCGUAGGUAGAUUGAUUUUACUAUGUAGUCGUAGGGCUCUAAACAUUAUUCAUUCAUUUACUCAUUCAUUUAUGUACUCGUUCUUCAAGUACCUUUUUUUUUUUUUUUAAUCAUAUACUAUGUUUUCAGUCCUGAAGAAGACAUGAUCCUUGGUAUCAAGGAUCUUAUUAUGUAGUGGCAAUAAAAGGACUUGACGGCA